AUGCUUUGUAUUCGCCCUGCUGAAAUUAAAGACUUACGCAUAUCUAAUGGAAGCGUAACUGGGUAUGGAAAAAACUGGGGACAACAAGACAUUUCCCGGAUUCAGGAAGCAAUUUUUUCUGGACAGUUAAAAGACCCAGGAAAGCCAGGUGUAUUAUGGUUCAAUACAUUCCUAAAAAAGGAUAAAUUCCUUCCUAAAGUAGGCAAACCACUACUUCCUAGUUCUUUGCGCAAAAUAGGGACGGUAUUUGCAGUUGUAGCUCAUGGAGCGAAGAAUUUAUCGAAAGCUGAGACCAUUGCUAGUGAAGCACUUCGCCACAGUCCUGACAACCAUGCCUCUCCUGCAAAAAACUAUACCAUAGUAAAUUAUCGGUUAAGAGGGGAACCAUAUAAUCAGGCAACGGUAUUCGAGCUCUCCGGUGAAAACUAA